ACCGCACCGCGCGCCCAGCCCCGCGCCCCGAGCCGCCGGGGACCACACCGCGCGCCCAGCCCCGCGCCCCGAGCCGCCGGGGACCGCACGGAGCGCGGCUCCCGCACGAUGCUGCCUCGCUGGGCGCUGCUCUGCCUCCUGCACGCCGUGCGAGCCGCCGAGCGCCCCCAGGAGGCGGCCCUGGCCGCGCCCAACGCCUCGCACUUCUUCUCCUGGAACAACUACACCUUCUCCGACUGGCAGAACUUUGUGGGCAGGAGGCGCUACGGGGCCGAGUCCCAGAACCCCACGGUGAAAGCCCUGCUCAUCGUGGCUUACUCCUUCAUCAUCGUCUUCUCGCUCUUUGGCAACGUCCUGGUCUGUCAUGUCAUCUUCAAGAACCAGCGAAUGCACUCGGCCACCAGCCUCUUCAUCGCCAACCUGGCCGUCGCCGACAUCAUGAUCACGCUGCUCAACACUCCGUUCACUUUGGUCCGCUUUGUGAACAGUACAUGGGUGUUUGGGAAAGGCAUGUGCCACAUCAGCCGCUUUGCCCAGUACUGCUCCCUGCACGUCUCAGCUCUGACACUGACGGCCAUCGCAGUGGACCGCCACCAGGUAAUUAUGCAUCCAUUAAAACCCCGGAUCUCAAUCACAAAGGGUGUCAUGUACAUCACUGUCAUCUGGACCAUGGCUACCUUCUUUUCACUGCCACAUGCGAUCUGCCAGAAGUUAUUUACCUUCAAGUACAGUGAGGACACUGUACGCUCCCUCUGCUUGCCCGACUUCCCUGAGCCAGCUGACCUCUUCUGGAAGUACCUGGACUUGGCCACCUUCAUCCUGCUUUACAUCCUGCCUCUGCUCAUCAUCUCUGUGGCCUAUGCCCGGGUGGCCAAGAAGCUGUGGCUGUGCAACACGAUUGGUGACGUGACGACGGAGCAGUACCUUGCCCUGCGGCGCAAAAAGAAGAAGACCAUCAAGAUGCUGAUGCUGGUGGUGGUCCUCUUUGCCCUCUGCUGGUUCCCCCUCAACUGCUAUGUCCUCCUCCUGUCUAGCAAGGUCAUCCGCACCAACAAUGCCCUCUACUUUGCCUUCCACUGGUUUGCCAUGAGCAGCACCUGCUACAACCCCUUCAUCUACUGCUGGCUGAACGAGAACUUCAGGGUCGAGCUAAAGGUGUUACUGAGCAUGUGCCAAAGGCCGCCCAAGCCUCAGGAGGACAGGCCGCCCUCUCCAGUCCCUUCCUUCAGGGUGGCUUGGACAGAGAAGAGCAAUGGCCAGAAGGCUCCACUUUUAUCCAAUAACCUCCUGCCCUCCUCCCAACCCCAGUCUAGGAAGACAGACCUAUCGUCUGUAGAACCCAUUGUGGCAAUGAGUUAGAGGAGGCUGGGAAGCUGCAGCGGGAUGAGUCUGUCUCCAGCUGAACCUGGGAAAGAGCCCGUCUUCUCACACACGAUCUCCACAGUGCUGGAAGCUGUAGGAUUCUGGAGCUUCUAGGAAACUCUGCCCAGCCUCCUGGACCCAUGUAAUGUGAAAACUAAAAAGCAGCCCCCAACUAGACAUGAGUUUAUAACCUCCCAUCUAAGAAAUGCUGUGAGGCACAGCACCCUGGGUCCCUGAGGGAGAGAACCGGGGACAGCUUUGGACCAGAUGAUGACGGCUCAGCCAGGUGACUGCCCCCUCUGUUAGGCAGCUGCUGCCUUGUAGCUCUUCCCGCCACCGAACGUCCCUAAAGGAAGCCUGAGUCAUGCUUUGGGUACUGCUGGCCCAGGUGCACAGAGCUCUGGUCCAAACAGGUUCAUUGACCAGUGAAAGGUUAGCAAGCCAGAGCUGGCAUGAAGUUUUUCAUGCCUCUCCUUCUAGAGUCUUCGGAUCAUGAUGAAUUACAAAUCUUCAGUGGCCUAGCCCUAGACAGAUAAGAAAGGACCAAUUUGGAUUCCUUAAAGCAAAGAGAAAUUAUUAUUGCCACUUGGAAAAAUUCAGAAAAGAAAAAAGUAAAAAUUACUCUCUUUUCCCAUUCGAUGGUGAUAACUUCCAUUAACAUGCUGUGAAUUUGUUUGGAAAGCUCUCCCGUGUGUGUGCGGGGACGUGUGCGGGCAAACUUUCUUUCCUUCUGAUUUACAUUUUCCAUUUAGAUCAUAAUGAUCAUCAGGGGCACAGCGGAGUACUUCUGAGACCGCUCCCAGGAGUAGUGUCCACUGGCAGAGUUGAGAGGAGGUGGGAAACUGUCACUAAGGUGAAAACUGUCACCACACUGACAGAACUGGCCCCACCUCACAGCCACUGGUGGGAGGGCCUGGCUGAGGUGCCUUCUCAGCCAUCAUGACGAGCCAGGGAACAAAACUCACCUAGGAGGCGUAAUUCCUUCUCUCUUGCAAUCACUCAAACACGAGAGGUGGGGAAACACUGUUCUUUGUUUACAGGAGAUGAGCGAGAAGGCUUUCUAGAAAUAGUUGUGCUUAGAGGCCUCCUUCUCCCAAGCUGUCUAGACUGUUUCUCUGUGCUGUCUCAAUGAGGUUUUUUUCACACCAGUUCCCGAAAGAAGACUCCCCGUCCACAUCUAGCGGUUCAGGUGUCGCCUGCACAAGCCUAUGCAAUCCUUGAGGGACUUUAUUCCUGCAGGGCCCAGCUUGCUAGAGAAAUCUCAUUCCAGAGAUGGAUUAUUUUCAUCACCUUCCAUCUUGUCCCGUGUGACUCACUGUGUCACACAGACAAUUGCUGCUGUCACACUGGCUUUAGGUUUCCUUCUAGCCCCAGAUAGAUUCUGAAAGCAAAGCAUGGCUGUGGAGCUGAAUAAGAAACUGAAGUUUGUGGGAGAAGGAAUCUAAGAUUCACUUAAGAUCUCCUGACUGUUAAUUAACAUUGAACUUAGUUCCAUAUUCUGCUUCCCUAUAAUAAACCAGGGAAGUUUGUAUAGGAAGCUGUUUUUUUUCAAGAUGCAAAAUUUUAAAAACUUACCUACUGAAUAGUGGGUAAAAAAGUGACUUUCAUUGAACAGAGAGCAUCUUCUAAGCUCGUGGAAAUUCCCAAGUGGGUUUUUCAGGCCAAAUGGCUUAUGUGCCUGUACUUAGUAUCUCUGUGGUGUCAAGAAGUAGCUAAUGCUGUCAGAGCAAUUCUGUGAACCAGCGU